AUGGGGCGGAAGUGGAACGAGCUGCUGUCAUCGGCUCCAUGGAGGACGGGGGAGGCGGCAGAGGAUGAGGACGCAACAAGGAUGAGCCGAGAGGGGAAGGUCAGCGUCACCAGCAACCCCGAGGAGAUGCCCACCAUGAGCGUGCCCCAGAGCAGACGCCCGGACCUCGACCUCACCAUCGACGACUUCAAGGAGGACGAGAUCGACCCCGAGCUGCGCUACUCCUUCCAGCGGAACAGCAGGCAGCUUCCAAUCACCCUUGCUACCUGCACCAUCAUCAGAGCCUGA